AUGGCCGCCCACCUGGAACACAGCGAUGCCCAGGACUUGGUUCGAGAGUCAGGAAAUGUUCUACAGCUUACCAUUAAGAAACCAGGAGGUCCAGUUCUUUCAGACUCAAUUCAUUCUUCUGAUUAUGAAUAUGGACAUCAAUUAACAAUCCAAGUUGGUGAUUACAAUGCUGUCCCUAAGGGAUUUGGGGUCGGCAUUCCUCUGAACAACAACUACAAUAGCAACAAUGAAACAACCCAUUACGCAACAACUCCCAGGAACUUUGGGUCUCAGCACCAGUCAUAUCAGGCUACCAAAGUUGAAAUCCAAAAUGUCAACUCUGCUGAGCAGAUAAAUGAUCAUGGCAAUAGCUACACAAAUGAUGAGGACAUGGACAGUGGAGGACUCAACUUCCCAGACUACACUUUAGCCUAUAAAAAACAAGAGCUGAUACAUGAUUCUCCUGGUGGACCUGACAAUAUCCGUGGUUAUUUCAACAGUGAUGGAAAUGUUAGCUAUGAUACCAAGUCCUUGCCAAGAGGGGUAGGUGGAUACAGGAACAAUGAUGUAGAUAGAGAAAGAGAAAGAGAGCUGAGAGCACCUGAAACCAAUGAACUCAGGAUAUCCAAUGGAAGUCUCAAUUCUGUCAGCUCCAAUGGAUCAGUGGAUGUGAAGUUCAGCACUGGCAUACCCUUUAACGCUAAUCCUCAAAUUCCUCAGCAACAAUUUGCUACUCCUGUUCCACAGACUUUACAGUUUACGGAUAAGUCAGCCAAGCCAGCUGACAAUUCCUUGCCUCGUACUGUGAGUCCUCAGAUGUUCUCAGGACCUUUAAACCCAAGACAGGACAUGAGCUCUGAUUCAGAGUUAGCAAACCGAGAGCCAAGCCCACCAUCAGGACUUGUCAGUGUCCAAGCUACUAUUUAUCAGAGUGGAAGAAAUGCUGAUGAUCAGUCAACCACCAACAGUACAGGGAAUGGCACAUACACUGCUGUGCCCAGCUUGAAACCAGCAUACAACACUAAUAACAACAACAGCUUCAGUGUAUACAAAAGCACCCCACAGCCUUACUCCGCUCCUAAACCAUAUACACCAGCACAAAUUCAAGCCAGUUCAUCAUUUAACCAGGUUCCCAUGCCUUUUUCAUCCACCCAGUUCAAACCAACUUCAGUGAUUAGAAAAGUCAGUUUGGACCACAGUGCUGAAGAAGGUGGCAUGACUUCUACACCCACUAACUUUACAGCACGUCCCUUUAAGCCUACACAACCUGUUACAGGUAGUACCUAUUCAAACCCUGUACAAAUUCAGUCAGGUAACCAGUAUGACAAAAGCAAUGAUGACAACAGAAUCCCAGAUUUUGGAGGAUCCACUCAACAUGCACAGUCUGGCACCUUGUACAUGGCCAUGCCUUACACUCCCUCAGGUGGAUCUCUGAGCCCACGUUCAGAUUUCAGUGAGGACCUUCACGUGAAUCAGAUUGACUAUACUGGCAUAAAGGAAGGAGUGGGCAGUUUAAACAUAACUUCAUCCACUGAAUUGUCAGAGCCGUCUCCUCCUCUACCACCACCACCACCUUCUGCAUUCUUCCCACCCCCCCAAGCUCCACCUAUGUGGAAUCCUGUUCCUUACAAGCGCCCAAAUUACCAGCCAAAUGAGGACUCUGAAGCACAGAAAAUUCCAGACCAGCUUCUGGGGGCAAUGCUCAGCUCUGCCAAAAGUGGGGGUCCCAAACCUUUCUCAUAUGGAAUUGACCUUUCCGAACUGAAAAAAAAAGUUGGGCCACCUACAGCACCAAAGCCUAGAGGAGGUCAGACUGACCAGCAAUUCCAGGCAGAAGAACCAGAAGUACAAGACCAGUAUGGUGGAUAUCGAAAGAAAUCAGUGGGACAAAUUCAGUCUGACUAUUACAUCAAUAAAGAAGGCAACCCUGACCACACUUUCAAAGUUCCAAAGAAACCGGCUGGACAGAUGCAGUCAGAUUACCUACCUUCCAGACAGACAGGAACUAAAUCGGAAUUAGUUAAUGCUGACACUACCUUUAAGGUUCCCAAGAAACCAGUUGGGCAGCUACAGUCAGAUUAUCUACCUUCCCGGCAAGCAGGAUCUAAGUCUGAUCCAGGUAAUGUUGAUCCUGCGCUCAAAGCCUCAAAGAAACCAGUUGGACAGUUACAGUCAGAUUACAUCCCUUCCCGGCAAGCUGAACUCAGGUCUGAGAUCGAUGAGUCUCCUAUCAACCUUAACAUGGGAACUAAUCCUCGAAAACAGUCAAAGUCAUUCAAAGUAUUGCAGUGGAUGACAGAAACAGAGCAGGAUGAGACUGAUGAACCCAGUCAAAAAGCGAAGAGAAACAAAGACCCCGAGAGGCGCCAUAAUGCAGACGAUGAUGAAAUGAGAUUUUCUGGCCUUAACUCAAAGGCAGAGAUACCCUCGAAGACUUUUGGUAUUCUGCAGAGAAUGUCCUCACAUGAUGAAUUAGCCAUGAUACAGAAUGGGAAAGCAACACUUGAUGCAGGAGAUGCAGAUGAGGGAAACGGAGGCUUAGAGGAUCCGGCUUUACGCUACAAAGGCAGGAACAUUCCUUCUCCUUCAUUCAGACUUCUUCAAACAUGGGCCGAACUUGACCCCGAUCCAGUGAAGCCAACAAAUUUUAAAGUGGAGGAAAACACUUAUGAAGAUUUUCAGGACAGUGUGAACAAUGAAGACAUAACAGACAGGCGUUACAAAGGAGGCAAUAUACCGUCCAAGGUUUUCAAGGUCUUGCAAAAAUCAUUAGGAGAUGAUCCACAGGAGAUUUCAAUACAGCAGAACAACACAGCACCAGAAAGUGCACAUUUACUGGAAACAGUUACAGCUCCUAUUUCUGAAUUCUAG